AUGUCAAAUGCUUCAGACUCUGAACCACGUCCAGAAACCACAGAGCAGACAGAGACAAUCCCUAUUGUGGACUUGGAACCCCCUCUUGCUCUUCCUCCUCCUCCUCCUGCAGAGGAUGAAUGGGGCUCAGUUCCUGAGCGCACCAAUGUAGACGCUUCUCCUUUUCCCUUUGCUCGAUGUGGAACAAUUCCUGCCAUCCUGGGAGUCUGCAGCCUGCUGCUCUUGGUGCUGUGUGCAUUCUUUGGUUAUCACUACUUUCAAAGUGUUCCGUUAUCAGAAAAGAAGCUGAAGAGCCUUAACCAAUGGAUUGAGUCUUUCAAAAACAAAGCAGAAACAUUUAUUCGGGUCCAAAAGAUUCUUGAUGAAAACACAGAAACCCUGAAGUGGCUCCAAAACCAGAAUGUGUAUCUCCUUGAGGCUUUAGAAGAACUAAGGACCAUGCAAGGAGACAGGUGUGGACAUUCUCUGAAUAACUGGGUGCAAUACAGAGACCACUGCUACCACCAAACCGCGGAAAUGGUCUCUUGGUUAAACUGUUCUGAUCUUUGUGUCACUUUGAAUGCUACAUUUUUAAAGACAGAAAGGAGCAUAUUGAUGAGUAUCAUGAAGUUACUUGCAGAAAAUCAUACUUGGCUUGGCCUAUCUUACAAGGAAGAGGACAAUAAAUGGAAGUGGGAGGAUGGCUCCUUUCCUUCUCCUGAGCUGCAUUUACCACAGCCAAGUCUGGAUUUCCAGGGGAAGUGUGUGUACGCAAAUGUGCACACCAUUGGUACUGAUAACUGCACCAGACCCUAUUCAUGCCUGUGUGAGAAGGCUGACCGCUAA